AUGGCUAGAAGGAAAAUAUCUGGUGUUGCCUUGUUGGUGUUGGUUUGCUUGGUACCUCUGCAUCUGAUCUUGGAAGUGAAGUGUAGUGAUAGCAAUGGUUCAGCCCGGAGUGGUUGCAUCAUGUCCCUGUCCGAAUCCCUAUCCUUGGAGCCAUCACUUCUCCGCCGCAGGAACAGGCAGAGUGACAGUGAGGGUGACCCCAUUGCCAAUUCUGAGAGGGAAGGCGGUUGUUGGUUCCGGAAUAAGUAUGCUAUUCUUCCCGAAACCUCCUUGGGAGCCGACCGUUAUCUCUCCUCCCUUACCACCAUCACUGAUGUCCAAGUCUCCGGUGAUUUGCAGGUGGUUAAGGUGUUUGUGUCUGUUUUUGGGGAUGAAAGAGGGAAAGAAGUAGCCAUUGCUGGCUUGAAAUCAAAGGCUAAAUAUGUUCGCAGUGUGUUGGGGAAGCGUAUGAAGUUGCGCUUAACUCCCGAGAUACGAUUUAUAGAGGAUGAUUCUUUUGAGAAAGGAAGCAGGGUGAUUGCAAUAUUAGAUAAAAUAAAGGAUGAGAAGAGAUCAGGGAGUCAAAACAAGGAGCAGUUGGAUUCAUCAACUAAUGAGGAUGACGAUGAUUGGGAUGGGGAAGAUCCUGAAGAGGGUGUCAUUUAUGUGGAAUAG